AAACCCCGCCUCGCUCCUGUGCUGAGUGCAUUCGCAUUGUGUCUAAACAGCCAGCGAGCAAAAAGAUAUUUUACCAACAGCAGUAAUGUCGGGCAGGUCGGUUCGCGCGGAGACGCGGAGCAGGGCGAAAGAUGACAUCAAGCGGGUUAUGGCUGCAAUUGAAAAAGUGCGGAAAUGGUAAGAGAGAGCGUCCACCCGUUAACGAACAGUACAGCCAGUCUGUGGGGGAGGAGAGACAGCGAGAAACAAUGGAAAAGAAAUGGGUGACUGUUGGUGAUACGUCACUGCGAAUAUACAAGUGGGUACCAGUGACAGAACCCAAAUCAGAUGAUAAGAAUAAAAACAAGAAGAAGGGCAAAGAUGACAAGUAUGGUUCUGAGGUCACAACCCCUGAGAACAGCUCCUCUCCAGGAAUGAUGGAUAUGCAUGAUGAUAACAGUAACCAGAGCUCCAUUGCAGACUCGUCCCCUCUGAAGCAGGAGACCAGCAAUAACACAAGUCCUGCGCCUGAAACAAUGGCAGCUUCACAGAGUGAUAGUAAUGAACUGAAAUGUGACCAAUAUCCUUCCAAACAGCCUUCCUCUGGUCAGGAUCAUAAGAGUGAACAAAAUCACUGCUCAUCAGAGUUUACAAUAGCCAAAAGGGACAACAAGUCACAGGGGGAUUCAGAACACUUUUUAGACUCCUCCAAAUCGGGCCAGGAAUUGGACGAUGGUGCUCCCCCAAGCAAAAAAGGGAAAAUCGAUUCUUCCUCUGAGGAAAGCUAACUAUCUUUUGCCAGCUGUCAUGGAUUUGCGAUCCAGUUUCUUUUCUUGUUACACAUCACAAUGGAAAGGAGCUUCACUUUACAGCCUUCACCACAACUAUCCAUUCACCUUUAGCCAGAAAACCAUUUGUCCCUUGCAGUAAUUUUUUUUGUGUCGAGUGCAAGCCUGGAUCAUUUGAUUCCGUAAGAGAUGGGAACAUAAAUUAUGAGUAAAAGUUAAGAAUCAAGCUGUGAGAUACUGUACUGAUCUUAAAAUUGUUCAUGCUGUCCUACUAUCACUGCUUUUGCAAAGAUCAGUAUUGUCAAUUGAAAUGACACUGGAACUGCCAUUGUUUUUUCCAAAUUGGCACUGAUAUCAUGAACUGCCUUUUGCAAUUUUUAAAAUGUGUAUCACUUACCUUUUCUUGUUCACUCAGGAAGGUCAACACACUGUUUUUUAAUCACGCUGAAAGUAACUGAUUUCUGCUGCUGUAGUUUGAAAAGUGAUAUUUCACCUUAUUUAGCUAAAUAUAAAAAACGAAUAACAUUUGCGAAUGGUACUAAUCACAAGUUGAGUCAUUCAAAGUUCUCCUGUGAAGACCAUAGCCUGUAGCAUAGGUCCUGCUUGGUUGAGUGCAUUUGUGGAUGGAUAUCUUUUAUUUUUUGACUGUCUACACUCCUCUCCCAAAGUGCCCACAUUUUGGUUCUCAUUUUAAUAUCCACGCAAACUGCAACUGUUUGUUUUCACUAAUGCUCAAGUUAAACUGGUGUUCAAACCAAGCUUUGAAAUGCUGGUUGCCAUUUCAACAGCACUACAACCUUCCACUGUACACAAGGGAUACAAUAAUUGCAUAAUUAAAAAAAAAAAAAUCAAUGAAA